CGCCUCGCUGCGCCGCGCCUCCUCCGAAGAUGGCGGCCCGCACGAGCCCCUCAUGCUAGGCGCGCGCCGCAGCCCCAGCCCGCCGCCCGCGCCUCCAGGGGCCGCGGAGAGCUGCUCCCCUGCCGCCGCCGCCGCCGCCGCCUCAGCCGCUUCAGCCGGCAGCAGCAGCAGCAUCAUCGGAGCGCCGCGCAAGGUAGAGAGGACGCUGGCCUGGCGGGAGGCCGCUGACACGCGUCGGGUUGCUGAAAAGUGCCUUCCUUGAAACUGGCAUCGCUACAGCUGCUUCGACCCCCGACUUGGGCUUUCCCUCACCUGCACUCCGAAGGGGAUCGAGGGCACCCACCCACCCCUUCCGCCUGUCCCCUUCUUUGGAAAGAAGCCCCCUCCCCGUCGCUGCUCGGUGUGCGUGGGGCAUCUUGGCCAGCAGUUCAGCCGCCACCACUUUUCUUUUCCCAUUUGGUUUGCUCAGUCAUCUUUGUGCCCCUUCCUUCCCGACUACGUAACAAACUCGAUUCUAUACAAAAAAGGAAAGAAGAAAGACAAACACAAAACAAACCGAAGGGACUUAAAAAAAAAAGAGAAACAUUUCUUCCACCGGUAUUAAUGCUUGCAGCUUUUGUAAAUGUUUCAGGCACAGGAUGAAAGGAUAGAGACUUGCUGAAGGUGUCUUUUCUGCCAAGAAGCAAAACCAUCCCGCUGUAUUUUCUCGGACUGACUUGGUUUUGUGUGAGGGUAGUUGAAACCCGUAACUUGAGAGCACAGAGACCUGUGAGGACAGAGGACUAGAAUGCGAGUUAUUUUGAAAUAGUUUUGGCAGUGGCACAAACAUUACAUAUAUAUAUACAUAUAUAUAAAACAUAUAAAUAUAUAACAUUUCUAUUUUAACUUUGACAAUUGCACUUUCAGGAGCUGGCCUCUAAUUUGAUUUUUUAGUUAAUUCUGAUGAGAUUUCUAUUUUAUGAUUGGCUAAAAGUUUAACCUUUUCUUUUCGACAAGCAUAAUUUGAGUUCGAUGAAACCUAAGUGCUGACGAAUAGAAAUUUUACCAAAGCAACAAGUUAUUUCUUCACAUUUUUAACUUGAAUUUCCUUUUGAUAAAGAAAUCCCCUCUCCUCCCCACACAUACACGCAUUUUCCCUUUCUUCAAAAGAAACCCGAAGAACAUUGUGUUCCCCCUUUCCUCCCUCUUUUACCUCCUUUUGGAGGUAGUUUUUUAAAUAUGGCUCUGAACGUUUCCUUGGUUCGUGACACAAAAUGGCUGACGCUGGAAGUCUGUCGGGAAUUCCAGCGAGGAACCUGCUCUCGUUCUGACACAGAGUGCAAGUUUGCCCACCCUUCCCGGAGCUGCCAUGUAGAAAAUGGACGUGUUAUCGCCUGCUUCGAUUCCCUGAAGGGUCGGUGCACUCGAGAAAACUGCAAAUACCUUCACCCUCCACCACACUUAAAAACACAACUUGAAAUCAAUGGGCGUAACAACCUGAUCCAGCAAAAGACAGCCGCUGCCAUGUUUGCACAGCAGAUGCAGUUCAUGGUCCCUGGAGCCCAGCUGCAGCCGAUUACAACAUUUCCUGUGACUCCUUCGCUUGCAACCAGCCCCACCAUGGCAUUCAGCCCCUACUUAAGCCACGUUUCUCCAGGGAUGGGCUUGGUGCCUGCAGAGCUCUUAACAAACACACCUGUUCUGGUGUCCAGCAACCCUGCAGUUUCAGUACCAGGUGGCCCCGCGGGGCAGAAACUAAUGAGGACAGAUAAAUUAGAGGUGUGCCGAGAAUUUCAGCGUGGAAAUUGCACGCGAGGAGAGAACGACUGCCGCUACGCUCACCCGAUCGAUAUUGCCAUGAUUGACACGAACGAGAACACGGUCACGGUGUGCAUGGAUUACAUCAAAGGCCGAUGCUCCAGGGAGAAAUGCAAGUACUUUCACCCCCCUGCGCAUUUGCAAGCUAAAAUCAAGGCAGCUCAGCACCAGGUGAAUCAAACAGCUGCAGCCGCAAUGGCGUUGCCACCUGGUGCACUUCAACCUUUACCAAAGAGGCCAGCACUUGAAAAAAACAACGGUGCCACCCCAGUCUUCAGCCCAAGCGUUUUUCACUACCAGCAGGCCCUUGCAAACAUGCAGCUGCAACAGCCUGCCUUUAUUCCCACAGGGUCUGUGCUGUGCAUGGCACCCGCAGCAAACGUUGUUCCCAUGAUGCACGGUGCUACGCCCACCACUGUUUCUGCAGCAACUACACCCGCCACCAGCGUUCCUUUCGCUGCAACUGCAACAGCCAAUCAGAUCUCCCAGUUAUCAGUCGAUGAACUGAACAGCAGCAUGUUUGUGUCACAGAUGUAGAAGCAACACAACAUGUGCUGUUGGCUUCCUGAAGCAAAAAUGGCGGAAUUCCCUGUGCGUUUUGUUUCCUCUCCUCUCCUCUCCUGGUGGGAAGCUGGAGUGGGCUCUCUGUGCUUUCUGCCCCCGCUUCUCCUCCUCUCCAGCAUCGACCGUAAUCCUACGGCAGCAUCCAUGUUAACCAAAAACUGAUCUGUGGGAAUGUCAAAACAUUUUUUUAAAAGCACUAUAUAAAAAGAAACGAGUAAGAAAACAGUACUCUGUUAUUUGAGACAUAGAAGUAGAGAACUAUAAAAUAGACUUUUCUAAUACCUUACUUUAACACACUUUUCAAAAAGUGGGUCUUUUUUCCUGUCUACCAUCAAGACAAAGUGCUCUUGCACAGUGGACUUAACUAGGUUAAUUGUUCUAUUGUCAAUGGAUAAAUGUUUGUCUGUUUUUCAAAGUGUUAUCUUAAUGUUUUGUUUACAUCCUAAUCUAUAUUGACUUUGUUUGGAGAGACAAAAAGUUGUACAUCAUUAUCAAGUAUAUUCCACACCAUUUUUUUCAUGAUCAUGAUAUCUUUCCAUAGAUGACAGUUAUUAUCAAUUUCCCCUUCUCUGCCUUUCCCUCCCUCUCUUUUAAACGAUAUGCUAAAAAGGUUACGAAGGGAAACAGGAAGGAGUUGCUUUAAAAAAAGACAACAGAAGAUCUGAAGAAAUUCAGACAGGUUGCAGAUAAUUUCUGAUCCAUUUCUGAUUAGGUUGAUUUCUAAACAUUAUAAAUAAUGCAAAAAAAAAAAAACUAACAACACUUGUCCAGAAACAGAACAGAAAGUAAAAAGGACCAGGGACUCAAUGCUAAAGAAUUUUCACUGGAGCACAGAAAAUAUUGGCAAAACAAAACAAAAAAAUCACUUUUCAGUUACAAUUCUCUGCAGUAUGUGGCCCUCAACUUCUUAAUCCUUUAGUGACCAGGUUUUAAAGAAAUCAUGUUGAAGAAGAUUGAUUCUUUUUUUUUAAUGGGGCUUUUUUACCCUUAAAACCAAAGGUUAAUCUGUAAUAUAUACAGAACAAAAAGAAAGAAAGAAACCUUUCAAACAUGCAUAACCCAACCCCAUAUCUUAAUCAGAUAAGUAGCACCAAGCAGAUGCCUCAGUUCUCCAUUAGCUACUUCUCUUGCCAAUAAUAAUGUUAAUUCAUUAAAGGGCACUUGGAAAGUCUGCGCAUUUCUAUUUGUCAAUAGCAAAAGGCCACCCUGCUUGGAACCGCCUGUGUACAUUAUGAUAUUCCAGCUCCUUGGGAAGAUGGGGAUGGGUGUAAAGGCCAAAGAGCUGGCAGCUGUGAUUUCACAUAGCUGUGUAUAUAAUAAUGCAUUUCCUGGCCUCCAAUCAUGUAGAGAAGCAAAACAAGUCUAACAGCUUUUCCAAAAAAUUUUCAUUUUUUUUAAUAGUCUGUCUGUAAGCUACUGAUUUACAAUUUAGGGGGUAAUUCUGGAUUACCUCAGAGCUUGCUCGGUUGGUGCUCAGUUCUGAAGCAUGAGAGUCUUUGGCCGUUUUUACUUUUGGGUGUAAGUCAGGGAUAUCCAACCUUGGCAACUUUAAGACCUGUGGACUUCAAUUCCCAGAGUUCCCAAACUCCCAGGCUGGGGAAUUCUGGUGGUUGAAGUCCACCGGUCUUAAAGUUGCCACAGUUAGACACCCCUGGUGUAAGUUGAGAUGUCUCUCCAAAGUUGGAACUGCAUAAAAUCCAAAAACAAGGACAGCCCAUCUUGGAUGACACCCUUGAUUGAUGGAAACGUGGAGAUAAGCUUCCAGAGAACUAAGAUCUCUGGUGUUACUUUGAAGGCUUAUCGAAAUGUUCAUCCAGCCCCUUGAAUUUGGCGUCCUUGCCCGUCUGAAUGUCCUUCAGUCCCGGUUGCAGACUUUCUGUUUCCUGGCUUUGUAACUGUGUUAAUGGAGAAAAACAGGAUUUGAAUUACUCCUUAGGUGCAGAUAGUUAUAUAUUUAAAAGGUGGUGGUGAUGAUGAUGAUGAUGAUAUGGGAUUUGCACAACCUGUGGCAGUGCCUCUACAGAGAACAUCCCUGAUCUCUAGUUGGAAAUAUUAGACACAUGCACAAACACACACCCACACACACACAUUUGUGAAUACACGCUGGUAUUAGCUUUAUGGUCUUCAAGCAAAGAGGUGGAGCAUCUGUUUUCAGUCUUAUCUGUGUAGAUGGAGAUUUGUGUAAUCUUGUCACUUUAAUGUAACUCUCUCUGCUUUUCUCUGAAUGAUGUUGAGGAAAAAAGAAUUCUUGCGUAGAUGUGCGCGGAAUGUAAACCUAACACAUUUCCACAGCAUUCAGUUUCACAGCUUUUAAAGUGUUUGAAAGACUGGAUAUCAGGGGUGCAAUUUCUUUCCUUUCUUUUCUUUUUUCUUUUUUUUUUGGCAAAACGUAGGAGCCAAAAAAACAGAAAAAAACAAAAGUAGGAAAACUUGACUCCUAGCUGUCAUAUGUUGUACUGCAACAGACCACAUUGAAACUGAUUAUAUGGUCACACACAUAGCACAUCACACACAUAAACACACACACACACACACACACACACACACACACACACACACUUUAUAUGGCGAUCCAGUGAUAGGUGUGUCAGGGUAACUUUUCUAGGUGCCACAAGAAUUUUUUUCUUAUUAUUUUUUAAUAUCGACUUUGCAAAUUUAGUGUUUGUUUGUAAAAGAAAAAGAAAAGUUUUGAGGGGGGAAAAAGAGCAAAGCUUGAAGCUUUGGAAACUUCACCAAAUUUCAACCUGAGGGUGGGAAUAGAAAUGCCAUUUGUGAGGGUAGCACUAUUAAAGAUUGUUGUGCAAUGACUUCUUUAUUCAAGAAAGAAAGAAAGAAAACACAGUCGGCAGACUAUAAAUUCCUUAGGAGAGCUGCAUUCUGUCUACAAAGUCGCUGAGCUAUUGGUGACUCUAAAUCAAAUCUCCCAAACCUGGAUUCAGGUGUGAACUUGGUUCCAGAGUUGUCUAUAAAGAUUGUUGAAAUCUGUGUGAGUUUUAACGACUUUUUACAAGCCGGUGCAGGUUGAUCCAAACCUGCCUGUUCCUUUUUAAUUUAUCCAAAGUUCUUUCUCUCAAAAGUAUGCAUGUGGUUAUGGAUUGAUGUACGUGUGCCCAUUUUCUCUCAGCCUUAUGCAAAUAAUAUGCAAGAAAUGCAGAAACUUGAAUAAAACGGGUCAUUGCAGAGGGAAAACGGAAAAGCUGAUUGGUCGUUUUUGAGGGGGGAAAUUUGUUAGCCAUUCCAUUAUUAAAAAAAAAAAAAA